GUCAUUCAUAGACUUCUGACAAAACAUGAUAACUGAUUAGAUUUGUUAUAAGUAGCUUACAGUCUGGAAUAUAACGGCUAAUAACCCAAAAAUAGUCGCAUAUGUAAUAUUAUCGUUUGUUUUAUAACAUCAUGAAGGUGCACAUACUAUUUCUUGCAACUCUCAGUUUAAUAUGUUCUACUAUUGCAAAACAAAGUGCAGAUGUCAUCAACAGCGAAAAUGACAAACUUUUCGAUGCAGAGAAGGACAAUACCAUUCUCAAAGCGAUUGUGAACAAAUACGCAGACAGGUUAUUCGAAAAUAUUCACAACUUCGCUAUCACACAUGGCUUGGACCCGAUGCCUUUGCAAGAUUAUACCAAAAAGGAACUUGGAACACACGUAAUUUUGACUAAUGGUACCUUUAACGGCGUUUCAACAAUAAAGAGAGAUGGCGAUGUGGUACUGACGUACAAUCACAACAAAAGGGUCUUAGAUGCCCAAGCUCCGAUCCAGUUUUCAAACCUGUCCUUUCAUUACCACUUCGAUGUUGGAGUAGGACUAGUUAAGGAAAAAGGCGGAUUUACAGGACUUAUGAAGAAUUACAAAGUGGUUGUUAACCUGGAGUUUGACUUCAAAACGUACCAUGUGAAAGUGUUGAAGCUAAGCUGGGCUUACGGCCAAGCAGAUAUCCGCUUUGAUGGAAACGUUCUAGGCAUCAUAGCAAAUACCAUAGGCCACGUUGUAGCACUUUUUCUAAGUCCAUUCGUUAUAAAUCCAACAUUAGCAACAAUCGUAAACAUUGUGCUCGUUAAAGUAGCUUCAAUUGUGAAUAAAAUAAUAGACAGGUUUUUGCAGCGCAAUUCUACCGAUGUUGUGGGUUCCCUGAUAAAAUCUUUAUAUUAGCUUCAUUUAUUUUAGUUUCAUUACGAUGUAUUUUGUAAUUAAAUAAUAUUGAAAAAUUAG